AUGCUUCUUAGGAUUGGUCACAGUCGAGCGGUGUACGAAGUCAAUUUGAAUUCCAGUACUUCAGUCUCUGGGACUAACACUGGCGUGGAUGGCAGGAAGGUGACAGAACAUGAAGAAACGAUUCUUCUUGGCUCCGCUACAAAAAUGGUUUGUAUUCUCUUUUCAAAAAUUUAUUAUAUUUCCUUUAGGUAACCUGGGCGUUGCAGAGUCCCACACUCACGAAAAAACGACGCCUUUGUCGUGGGAAGACGGCUGAAAUUGGUAGAUAAUAAACGAUUAUUGAAUGAGGCUGAGUAUGAUAUGAACAAUUAUGAAGCACGAGGAGGUUGUCAUCCGCCGAGGCGGGAAACCAAAUGGACAACUCCCCUCUGAAAUCUACCUGACUCUUCGCCAGAUGAAAGCAGAAAUCAAUAAUUGUUUUAUCAUUUAUUCAAAAUAUUUCGAAGGCCUUAGCAGCAUCCUGAUCCCCAAGUAAAUCUCUUUUUAAAAUAUUUGCUUAUUUUUCGGCAAUUUCAGAACAUAAAUGUAUGUUUCUCUCUUGUACGUAUUCCUCAAAAAGCAGUUGAGAUCCACUGAGCAAAAUUUGAGGGUAUUCUUUCUAUUAUCUUAAAUAAAAAAAACCUGCUAUUCUGUGUUCUUUUACUAAACUCCUUCACCAUUUUCUGAGUUCUGCACUCAUGCAAAAGCAGCUAAGCUAACGUGCUGCUGUUUUGCGUGAAGUCAAUGAUUUUAUAUGGCAAUGUACAAUCAUUGACCUCAGAGUGACAUCAAUGAUGGUAUAAUCUACACUCCUUCCAAUUUUGGUCAGCGCUAGCUGGUUAUGAAAAAUUAGCCGGGGCUUAAAACCAGCCAGACACAGAGAAAUAUUUUGAAUGAAUAACAAUAUACAAAUGUCUUCCGAAGGAUAGCCUUUGAACGCAGACGCGUAACCGAUCAUCGCGUCUCUCCACCCGCCGAAACUGCACAUACGUCUGCGUUCGUGGCUACCCGAAGGGGAGAAAAUAAGAAGGUAAAAUUAAAAUACGAACAUAAUGUUCUACCUACCAGUAAACACCGACAAGCAAAAUUUUGGGGCAUUCGUGGUACAACUGUUUCAUUUGCAGCUAAAAUUGUGUCUUCCUUAACUAUCGCGAAACGGGACGCCAUGUUGACUCCGGUUCCAAAACAGUGAAUAGCCAAGGAUAUUUCUCAUUACGGAAGCCAAUCAAAACGCGCGAUAAUUGCUAUCCACUGAUUUGUAAAUAACAAAGCUUUUUAUUUGGGCCUUGAAGACAAGGUGAUGCAUUUGGUCUUGAAGUAUAGAUUCGAACCCUCUCAAUUACAAAGCGAUUACGUUUGGGUUAGGGAAAGUGGCCAUUUAAUACAGGUUUUGUCCUUACAACAAUCUACCUACAGUAGUACCUACCAAGUCUACCUAAAUAGAGAGCCGCUUCUUUAUAGAAGUAUGACUGUUAUGUGUCCGUAGCAAAGCUGUUCGCUUUGCAAUUGCAUUGUAUUUCAACCCUUUUCAUUUUGUCUCUUUUAGUACUGUAUAUGACUUGCGUAUACCUUGGUACGCGGCGAAUUGCUGUUUACCCUGAAUAUCGUUAUCAAUUUACCCAUUUUUGAUUACAGAAUCCAAAGAAGGGUGGAGACAUUCAGUUCAAAUUUACCAAGUUUCCAGUACGGAAAAGUGAGGAAACGAAACAAGAAGACCCAAAUUUAACUGCUGGUGUUGUAAAAUAA